AUGGAGAUGAAUGCUCAUAGGCGACGUGUGGCUGAGGGAUGGAACACUAUGCUUUGCCCAGAAAUGGAGACAAAGUUAGAGAAAUCAUUGGAAAUCGGGCGUCAUUGGGAUGUAAGUCGUUCAAGUGAUUUUUUGUUCGGCGAAGACUCUGUAAUGGUUGAUCUUCAAAGCCGCACUUGUAGAUGCUGGAUGUGGAAAAUCAAAGAGUUCCCAUGCGCAUGCACUUGUUGCUAUUCUUAA